AUGGCGGAUUGGGCGCCACCGUGGCGCGGCGGGUGCAGCGGGAAGAGCAGGUGGUCUUGCAGCUGCGGGGCGACGGGCAACUACGCGACGAGGAAGCACUGCCGUGGGUGCGGGGCUGCAGCACCACGGCGGCCGUCCACCUUCAAGGAAGCGCUGCUGGGCCCGUCCAAGCGGGAGGUGGCGAUGCAGAAGAAGCUGGACGUGCUCACGCAGGAGCGCACGGCGCUCAAGGGCAGCGGCAAGGUCGGCAAGGGUGAGAUGGCGGACUGGGAGAAGGAGGCACCGCAGGUCGACCUGGCGAGGCUCUGCAAGCGGGCACAGGCGUGCAAGAGCGAGCGGGGGGAGAACUCGGAGGAGUACAACGCAGCUCCUGCGACAUACCAGGCGGCCAGGGCUGAGAAGGACAACGGCAAGCCGCACUCCGUGCAACUCACGCAGGCUAAGCACGCCAGGGGGAAGCUGGAGAAGGAGGUCGAGGCGAGCGCCAAAGACGCCAGCUGGUACGAGCAGCAGCUGGAGGAGGCGCGAGCCAAGUACGAGAAUAAUAAGGAGCAGCUGCAGGUCGCGAGGGCCAAGGAGCAAGGGCUCAGGGUGCAGGACUGCGGAGUCCGUGAGUCGCCCGAGUUCCUCAAGGCCAUGCAGAGGCAGUUCGACGGCGCGAUCGACGGCAGCGGAGUCACCAAGGAGGAGUACCAGCAGGCAUCCGACAUGCUCGGCAAGGUCGUGGCCAACGCGAAGCAGGAGGACGCCGGGGCGCUGGGGCACCAGGAGCACCAUUACCUGAGGAGUCUGAACUACCAGAACUCACGGCUGAAGAGCAGGAAUGGCUCAGGGCAGGCGGGGUACCAGAAGAAGCCACACCUGAUCAGCGAAAGCGAUGGCAGGAGGUGUGCGCCAGCCUGGCCGAGUAAGCAGCCAAACGACAGCGGCGACGGUAGUGAGCGCAACAGGAAGCCCAUGCAUGAUACGGUCACCCUGUGGACGUACAACGGCACGGGCUGGGGCACCAUCAAGGACGAGAUCAUGGAGGAGAUGCAGGGUCUGCAGAGCUACGCAGUGCAGGGACAUCACCUGAACACGGACAAGCUGGCGGUGGUCGCGCAGAGCAUGAAGGGGCCCAACGGCGAGCCAGACGCGUCGGCUGGAGUGGCGGUCGUAGUGCCGAAGCGAGUUGGGAUGAGUUACGUGUUCGGCAAGGACGACUGGCACAUUUCACCGCAGGCCAGCCCAGGCAGGGCGGCAGCGGCGUGGCUUUCAGUGGGCAGAGGUAUUGUGCUCGCCACCGUGUACUUAUGGACGGCGGAGGGCAUGACGUCUAGGAACACGCAGCUGAUCACACAUGUGAUUGGGAAGCUGCAGAGUUCGGGCGUGCCGUGGGUCAUCGGGGGCGAUUUCCAGGUGGCGCCUGAGGUUAUGGCAAGCGUGGCGGGUGUUAAAGUCGCGAAGGCCACCGUGGUCACGGCCAACGCGGCGUGUGGAACCUGCAGGCACGCUUGCGGCAACAGCGAGAUCGACUACGUUGUGGCGGCGAACUCGGUGGCCCCGCAGGUGGGGGGCGUCGCGGUGCAGGAGUCGUGGCCAGCAGCGCCACAUAAGCCAGUGGGGCUCACGCUCAAGCUGAAGGCGGUGCAGCUCAGGGUGAGGGUGCUUGAGAAGCCGAAGGAGCUGCCAGAGGUGCCGAUCGGGUGCGUGCCCAAGCCGCCGAAGUGCGCGGAUGUGCAGGAGUUCAGCACGCAGGUGGCGGCGAACAUCGAGUGGGCCAAGUACAUGCAGGUGCUGGAGAGGGAGGCCUUCCAGGUACGUGGCAUGAGGUGGGAGGCGAGCGACCCGCGCGCGGGCAGGGCGGACGUGCCCGCAUGGCGCGUCAAGCCUCUGACCUUCCGGGGUGCGAACGCACCGACAGCGGCAAGGGCAGCGACCUGGUGGAGAUGGGCUGCGCGGGCGUUGCACAACUUGCAGGGCGCGCGCCAGCGGCUGCGGCAGGCAAUGGGGAAGGACUCUGACCAGCUCCAGAAGCGGAAGCGCGAUGCCAACCACGCGGAGAGGCUUUUCCAGGUGCGCCCUCACCGAGCGAAGUACAUCAGUGUAAAGGACCAGGGUAUACGGCAGGCCAGGUGCGACAUGGUCGCCGCGGGCCAGCUGAGGGGCGACAGCAGGGUCGUGACCCUUCAGGCUUGGGUGAAGGAGGCGGAGAGCAACAUGAAGACCGUCGACCAGCAGCUGCUCAAUGACAGGAGGGCCAAGUGGGCCGACAAGCUGGAGAUCGCGGCGGCAGGAGCGGCAGGAAAGCUCCACAGGAUGAGCUAG